UUGUUUUGGCUGGAGCUGUCGCGGUGAAAGUUCAACCGGUUUUGAAGGGGCCAGCAGAUGUUCACUGAGGAGCCGGUUAACCCGUCUGUGCAAAACAAUGGAAAGCAGCGGGGCGGAGACCGGCCGGCUCAGAGAUCAGCUCUUCUGUACCUUAGAGGAGGAAAACAGUCUGUACUUCACCUACAGCGGCAAACCCAACAUCCUCCAAGUGCGGGACCUUAAUUAUGAGGUGAAUUCUGCAGCACAGAUCCCCUGGUAUGAGAAGCUGGCAGAAUUACAAAUGCCAUGGCAUUGGAACUCCAAUUCAAAUGGACAGACAAUAGCUCUGAAGAAUCUAAAUCUGAAAGUCAGAAGUGGACAGAUGCUGGCUGUGAUAGGAAGUUCUGGUUGUGGGAAGACAUCGUUACUUGACAUCAUCACCUGCAGAGAUGAAGGAGGGAAAAUCAAAUCUGGCAAAAUAUUGAUCAAUGAAACACCAGUUAAUAGGCAGCUGGUCAAAAAGUGUAUUGCACAUGUGCGACAGGAUGACCGAUUAUUACCCAAUCUCACUGUGAGAGAGACAUUAACAUUUGUUGCAAAAUUGCGGCUUCCAAAACACUUCUCAGAAGAACAAAGAAACAAAAGGGUAGAGGAUGUUAUAGCAGAACUCCGGCUAAGACAAUGUGCUAACACUAGAGUUGGGAAUUAUUUGACUCGGGGGGUCUCUGGAGGCGAGAGACGACGAGUGAGCAUUGGAGUGCAACUUCUGUGGAACCCUGGUAUUUUAAUAUUAGAUGAACCCACUUCUGGACUUGAUAGUUUCACAGCACACAACUUGGUGAUGACUCUCUCGAGACUUGCAAGAGGAAAUCGUUUGAUCCUAAUGUCAAUCCACCAGCCACGGUCAGACAUAUUCCAUUUGUUUGAUCUGGUGGUCCUGCUCUCUUCAGGAGUAACAACUUAUUGUGGAACAGCUAAAGAUAUGAUUCCAUACUUUACCUCAAUAGGAUAUCCUUGUCCAACCUACUGCAAUCCUUGUGAUUUUUAUGUUGACCUAACCAGUAUUGACAGGCGUUCCAAAGAACAGGAAGAAUGCACACAGGACAAAGCCAACACACUUGCUUCCAUAUUCUGGGAGAAUGUCAAAGACACAGAUGAUUACACCUGGAAGUCAAAUGUCAAUAAUACCUCUCCAAAUAUGACUAGCACUGCAAGUACUCCCCAGAUUUCUGAUGAAAUUAUUAUUAACAUUAAAUCAGAAAACAAGGACAAGCUAACUGGACAACUGAGACAAUUUUCGGUCUUAUUAAGACGCCAAGUUUCUAAUGAUUUCAGAGAUUUACCGACCCUGGCUAUACAUGGAUUUGAGGCACUCUUGAUGUCUUUACUAAUAGGGUUUUUAUACUAUAGUCAAGAUGGCAAGCAAUUAUCCAUCCAGGACACAGUGGCAUUGUUAUACAUGAUCGGAGCUCUGACCCCAUUUGCAGUCGUUUUAGACGUUAUCGCUAAAUGUCACUCAGAAAGGGCAAUGCUUUACCAUGAAGUGGAGGAUGGAAUGUAUUCUAUUACUCCUUACUAUUUUGCAAAGCUUUUGGGAGAACUCCCCGAACAUUGUGCUUUUGUAAUAAUCUACGGUGUGCCAAUCUACUGGAUAGCAGCUCUCAGACCCGAGGCUAGUCCAUUCCUCCUGAACUUUCUGCUGGUGUGGCUUGUGGUAUAUUGUAGUAGAGUAAUGGCUCUGUGGGUCUCAGCAUUACUACCAACACUGCAGUUAUCUUCUUUCGUAGGAAACGUCUUUUUUACAAUUUUCUACUUAACAGGAGGCUUUGUGAUUAGUCUAAAGAAUAUGUGGACAGUCGCCUCCUGGUUUUCCAAAAUCUCCUUCCUCCGUUGGGGUUUUGAAGGUCUGAUACAAGUCCAAUUCACAGGAUAUCCAUACUUGUUUACGAUAGGGAAUAUCACCAUUCCAGUUGAAGGCACAGAUAUAAUUGAAUCUAUGGACAUGGACUCAGAGCCACUGUAUAUGUGUUACCUCAUCCUGAUAGCUAUUUGUUUUGGAUUCCUGGUCCUCUAUUAUGUGUCUUUAAGGUUUGUGAAACAGAAAUCAAAUCAGGAUUGGUAAAAUACAAUUACUGCAGCUAUUUCAGACUCCAUGUACACGAAGGGAAGCUAUUUCAAAUAAUUCCAAGAUUUCUCAUUUCCUUUACCAAGAGAGUUGAGGCUGGAUAGUGCUUUAAGCUGGUAGACAUUAUUAUUUUUAACAUUAUCCAUAAUAGUGUAAUAACAAGCUGGUGAUCUGCUGAAACAAGUUUUUUGAAUUGAUGCUGCUGAAUGUCACAGGAAUUCACUGCCUUCAGAUAUCUCAACGGAGUGGCUAUACCUAAUGUAUACAUUUGGGUGCUUCUAAUUAUUUCAAAUAUAUAUUUUAUUCAUUAAAUAUCUUACAUAUAUACAUAGUCACCAACAGAGUUUGGUUCUGUACAGUAGCAUGUCAAGGAAACAAAAACAUUGGAGUUUGACUGUAUCCAAUAAACCAAAAGCUCUCUCUUACACAUACGAGAUUAUUUUUACACGCAUUUGAGGCACUGGAAGGGUCUGACAACCAAACAGACCCCCAUUUAACUUUGGCAGAAAGACAUCAGACAGUAGUCUUUCCCCACUGUAACUUGGCAGCAGCUACCCCAAGCUUUAGUGCAUCCCUCAGCAUGGAGUCCUGGACCUUGGAAAGUGCCAGUCUGAAUAUUCGAUCAGGAUGAAUUCCUUGUUCUGGAUGACCAUCAGGUUUCAGGCAGACAAAAGAGUGUCUUUCACCUAGUUGAUGGUCCUCCAGGCGCAGUCAAUGUUUGCCUUGGUGUGUGUCCUGGGGAACAGCCUGUACAGCAUAGAGUCCUGCAUCAUGGAGCUGCUUGGGAAGAACCUUGACAAAAACUAUUGCAUCUUUCUCCAGACUUCCUUUGCAAAGGCAUAUUCCAGAAAGAGAUGUGUGACAAUCUCUUCACCCCCAGCCUUUUAUUUUCAAAGGUUUACUUCAUUAAUUAAAAAACUUCACAUACACAUAAUCACAAAUGCAGUUCAGUUCAGUACAGUAGCAUGUCAAGGAAACAAACAAACAUUGGAGUUUGAUACUAUCUAAAAACCAAAGACCUCUUUUUCUCGCAUCCCCCUCCCAGAUGCUAAGACAUUGAACAAUGGUAGACUGUUUUAUCUCAAAUUCACAGCCAAGCCUAGUCAUUUUUAAUAUCCAGACUGCACUUUUCGGUAAAUUUUAAAUCCACUUGCUCAACUGCAGUCAAAUAUGACAUAUCACAAAACUUGAGCCUGGUCAUUUAAGAAUUGGAAUCAAAACGUUGGAAUCACCUCUCCCAAAUGACUGGAUACUGGUUUGAGGGACACACAUUCAAAAUGGAGAUCAGAUGAUUAUCAUUGCAAGGAUAUCAAAGAGAUACGGAGUAAAAGUUGUUAAAUAGUGUUUAAAUUGAGUAAAUGAAAUUCAGCCAUUAAUUAAUUGAAUAUUGGUACAGUUCUGAAGGGCUUAAUGGCCUUCUUUCAUCCUUUCUUGGUCUGAAUGUCAAGUUUCACAGUAGGCCCAUGCAUAUAAACUGAACAAUCAGGGAUGCAUACACAGGGAUUCAAUGUGAAUAGAGGAUGUUUGUGUACCAGAUGGAUUUCUGCAGUUUUGCAUUCUCUGCAAAGAAAGCAAAGUUGCUUUUACUUCUAAUAUGAUGAAUGUUUGACACCAGACUUACACAUUAUAAUAUUUAUUAUGAUUGUAUCUUUAUUCUGUUUAGUUAAGUUUGGUGCAUGAAAUGUUUAACAUUGGAUAAAUAAGUACAGAAACAUCCCAUUGUUUUUAGAAUUUGGUAUGGAAUAAACUUCAAGGAACGUUGAUUACUUUCUACUAUUGUUUCCCUGGGAUGCUCUUAAGAUCUUUCUAUAAGCAAUUCAGUUAAAAUAUAAAAGUUAAAUCAAAUAUUUGUAAUUGACAAAAAAAAAUGUUGUGAUGGACAAAUGCUAAUUACAUUUUUGUGCUCUUUGAAGUUAGGGACAUUGUAUUCCAUUUAUUUCAGCAUAGAGUGGCAAUAGCAGGCACAUAUGUUCUCUCAACUCUGACCAACAAUAUGCUGCCACUUUAAAAAUUGAAGGACAGUAAUCUGGGAAUGGGAUUAUUGCAAACCAUCUAUGAGCUCCCUUUAAAAAAAAGACUGUAAAUUAAUAACG